AAUGAUGCCGGGCCGAAACAGAUUUUUUCCCCUGUGCGUAUCGGCCGAGUCGUUCUCGGCAUCGGAAUCUUCCACGACAAAACCCUACGCCAAAGGCCCAUCGCUGCGGCGGCGGAGCGGGAAGCGAAAGCGCGGUUUCCGGUGGAACUGUCCAUUCGCCUAAAUCGUCUGCUUUCGCCUCGUCAAAGAAGGCGAGAAGAUGCAGUUCAUGAAGGUCUUAUCGUUGGCCCAACGGUCUCUUCGCGGCCUCCGUCUCCUUCCUCAAAACAGAUCCUUUUCGGUAUUGGCAACACCGGCUGUUGAUGAAGAUCUCAAGAGUGAGGUGCUUAUUGAAGGGAAAGCUAGCGCCCGUGCGGUGAUCCUUAACAGGCCGUCAGCUCUUAAUGCGCUCACUACCAACAUGGGGCUUCGUUUGAAGAAGCUGUACGAGUCAUGGGAAGACAAUUCUGAUAUUGGAUUUGUCAUGAUGAAGGGAAGUGGAAGGGCAUUCUGUGCUGGUGGUGAUAUUGUAACUCUUUACCAUCUGCUUAACGAAGGAAAGGUGGAAGACUGCAAGGAUUUUUUCAGGCACUUGUAUACAUUUAUUUACAUAUUAGGCACCUAUCUGAAACCACAUGUGGCUAUAUUGGAUGGUAUAACCAUGGGAGGUGGUGGAGGUGUGUCAAUUCCUGGAACAUUUCGUAUUGCAACAGAUAAAACAGUAUGCUAUAUCAUCUCUAAACCUUUUGAUCUUUUUAAUUAA